UUUAUGGAAUUAAACGCUAACUUGAGCAUUGAGUGCAACUCAACGCGAUAAACAAGCGAUUAUUCUCCGAGUACAAUCCAAAAGCAUCGAAGUAUCUAAGUUUGAAGUGAAUUUUCGUUGAUAAGCGAAUUAAAAACCGUACGAUGGCUCUAAUACCGUACUUGUUGGACGAGAUUCGUCCGCGACGCCUUCGAGACCAGCUAUUCGGCUUGGAUUUGGCGUCCGAUGAUUUUCUGACGGACGUGUUCGAUCGACCCCUGUUAAGAAACUAUUCGAGAUCGUGGCGAAAUCUUUCGGCGCUGGCUCGAGACGUGGGCUCCACUAUAAAGAGUGACAAGGACAAGUUCCAAGUGAAUUUGGACGUGCAGCACUUCUCGCCGGAGGAGAUCUCUGUCAAGGUUGUGGACAACUAUGUCAUAGUCGAGGGUCAACACGAGGAGAAGCAGGAUGAGCACGGCUACGUCUCCCGCCAGUUCAAGCGCCGCUACGCCUUACCAGAUGGCUGCAAUGCUGAAGCGGUGCUUUCCAAGCUAUCAUCCGACGGAGUUUUAACCAUCACCGCACCAAAGAAGCCUUCAGAAAAGAACGAAAGGGUCGUCCCGAUAUCACACACUGGACCCGUCCGAAGGAAGAUCGAGGAUAAAGAAGAUCAGCCCAACGGUGAACCAGAGGAAGAAGCGAAAUGCCCGCAGAAGAAGAAGAGACGUUAAAAUCUUAGUGUAAGAAACUUAGGUUAAUUUUGUACUUUAUAAGUACUUACCUACCGUUUAUUAAUAAGACUGAUUGCAAGUAUUUUUAAUUUAAGUAAAUAAAGUAUAAACUUAAUAUUU